CGUCGUGUGACAGCUCAAACCGGAGCGCGCUUCAACACGCAGCGCAACGUGCGCGUCGCUUCUCUUCCUUCAACUGUGUGUUUCCUCUUCGUAUCUGUUAUAAUCUACCCUCAUGUCCUUACCAGCUGUCGUAGGAUCGGUUCAGUACUGAUGUGAUCUCAGUACAUUCAUCCGGUUGACAUUUCUUUAGUAAAUGAGUAUGCGUUCGCGGUGGAGUUACAUUCAUGCCUGGAUUUGCGUCUUCAAUCUCGGCGCGUUAAGGACUUUCGGCAUUCCCAGUAAUGAAGUGAACCUGCUGGACUCUCGCUCUGUAAUUGGCGACCUGGGGUGGGUUGCCUACCCAAAGAAUGGGUGGGAAGAAAUUGGAGAGGUGGAUGAGAACUACGCACCCAUCCAUACGUACCAGGUGUGCAAAGUGAUGGAACACAACCAGAACAAUUGGUUGCAAACAAACUGGAUACUAAACCAAGGCGCCCAGAGAAUUUUCGUGGAGCUCAAGUUUACUCUGCGGGACUGCAACAGUCUCCCCGGCGGCCUCGGCACUUGCAAGGAGACGUUCAACGUCCAUUUCUACGAAACCAGCGACGAGGAGAGGAGGAAUAUUCGGGAAAGCCAAUAUACAAAGAUCGACACCAUCGCAGCCGAUGAGAGCUUCACCGAGCUCGAUCUCGGUGACAGGGUUAUGAAGUUAAACACAGAAGUUAGGGACGUGGGUCCGCUGACCAAGAAAGGCUUCUACCUGGCCUUCCAAGACCUGGGUGCAUGUAUUGCGCUCGUGUCCGUCCGUGUCUUCUACAAAAAGUGUCCUUUGGUCGUCAGGAAUUUGGCCCUCUUCCCAGAUACCAUAACUGGGGCAGAUUCCUCCCAGCUUCUGGAGGUGUCAGGGACCUGCGUCAACAACUCAGUGGCUGAUGAACUCCCCAGAAUGCAUUGCAGCGCAGAGGGGGAGUGGCUGGUACCCAUUGGGAGGUGCGUGUGCCAGGCGGGCCAUGAGGAAGUUAAUGGCUCCUGUCAAGUUUGUAAGCCAGGGUUUUACCGAUCGGCUCUUCAGACCAAAAGUUGCAGUAAAUGUCCUCCCAGAAGUUUUACCACGAUGGAGGCGUCUACUUCUUGUCAAUGUGAGAAGGGAUACUACAGGACCGACUCUGACCCUGCUAACAUGGCCUGCACAAAGCCUCCGUCUGCCCCACGUAAUGCCAUUUCUAAUGUAAAUGAGACCAGUGUGUUUUUGGAAUGGAGUCCUCCGGAGGAGACAGGCGGCAGGAAGGACCUCACCUACAACAUCAUGUGCAGAAAGAUCAGCGCAGACUUGGACCACUACGAGCCGUGCGGCAGCCAUGUGCGCUAUCUUCCCCAACAGACGGGCCUAAGAAACACCUCUGUCAUGGUGGUGGACCUUCUGGCACACACUAACUACACAUUUGAGGUGGAAGCUUUGAACGGAGUUUCAGAAAUAACGGCUCCUUUGCGCCAAUACGUCUCGCUCAAUGUCACCACAAACCAAGCAGCUCCAUCUCCUGUAUCUGUGGUCAAGAAAGGCAAAACUGGAAAGAACAGUAUCGCUGUGUCCUGGCAAGAACCCGACCGACCCAACGGCAUCAUACUGGAAUAUGAGAUCAAGUUUUUUGAAAAGGAUCAGGAAACCAGCUACACCAUUGUGAAGUCAAAGGAGACGGACGCUGUGGUGGACGGUCUUAAACCAUCUUCAGUGUACAUCUUUCAAAUCAGGGCACGUACCUCCGCGGGGUAUGGAGGAUUCAGUCGUCGCUUCGAGUUUGAAACCAGUCCUUACUUAGCGGCAUCCAGUGAACAGGGUCAGGUUCCUAUCAUUGCUGUAGCUGUAACUGUGGGUGUUAUCCUCAUCGCUCUUGUCACGGGUUUCCUGAUGAGCGGCAGGCGCUGUGGUUACAGCAAAGCCAAGCAGGAUCCAGAUGAAGAGAAAAUGCAUUUUCACAAUGGUCACAUCAAAUUCCCAGCGGUACGAACGUAUAUUGAUCCCCACACCUACGAAGAUCCCAGCCAGGCUGUCCAUGAAUUCGCCAAGGAGAUUGAUGUCUCCUGUAUCACCAUCGAGAGGGUUAUUGGAGCCGGCGAGUUCGGUGAGGUGUGCAGCGGUCUGCUGCGGCUGCCGGGGAAGAGAGAGAUCCCAGUGGCCAUUAAAACUCUGAAAGCUGGUUACACAGAGAAACAGAGGAGGGACUUUUUGGGCGAGGCCAGUAUCAUGGGCCAGUUUGAUCAUCCCAAUAUAAUUCACCUGAAGGGAGUGGUCACCAAGAGUAAACCUGUGAUGAUAAUAACAGAAUAUAUGGAGAAUGGAUCCCUUGACACCUUUUUAAAGAAGAACGAUGGGCAGUUCACAGUCAUCCAGUUGGUUGGCAUGCUGCGUGGCAUCGCUUCGGGCAUGCGCUACCUUUCUGAGAUGGGAUACGUGCAUCGUGACCUGGCUGCCCGCAACAUCCUGGUCAACAGCAACCUGGUGUGCAAGGUGUCUGACUUUGGCUUGUCGAGAGUGCUGGAGGAUGACCCGGAGGCGGCCUACACCACACGAGGUGGGAAGAUUCCAAUCCGGUGGACGGCGCCUGAAGCCAUUGCCUACAGAAAAUUCACCUCAGCAAGUGAUGUAUGGAGCUAUGGCAUUGUCAUGUGGGAAGUGAUGUCGUAUGGCGAGCGGCCAUACUGGGAGAUGAGCAAUCAAGAUGUGAUAAAGGCAGUAGAAGAGAAUUACAGACUGCCAGGUCCCAUGGACUGCCCAACUGCCCUAUAUCAUCUCAUGAUGGACUGCUGGCAGAAAGACAGGAACAGCCGACCCAAAUUUGAGGAAAUCGUCAGUUUAUUGGACAAACUUAUCCGCAAUCCCAGUAGCCUGAAGAGUCUCGUUAACCCAUCAAACAGGGUGUCCAAUUUAUUAGUGGAGCAUGGGAGCCCUGAGGGCUGCGUAUUCAGAUCGGUGGAGGAAUGGUUAGAGGCCAUAAAAAUGGGUCGAUACACGGAGCUCUUUAUGGAAAGUGGAUACACUUCUUUGGAAGUAGUCACUCAGAUGACCUUGGACGAUCUGAGAAGGGUUGGAAUCAGUCUAGCUGGGCAUCAGAAAAAGAUUCUCAACAGCAUUCAGGAGAUGCGAGUUCAGAUAUUGAACGCCACAAUACCCAUCUGAGACCUGCCUCGGAUCUAAGGAACAAGCCUUGCACUUUUACCAUGGACACCUAUUUAUUGAAUGGAACUAUUUAACAGAGGAAUUUGACUGAUGAACAUGACUAUUGUUUUAAAGGACAAAUGGUUUACUGUGUGUGCUCAACUCUCCAAACAAAGAGUGACAGUUUUGAGGAGGACCUUGACUGAAAUGUCGAGUUAACGUUCGGAAAAGUAUGGCACAUCUCCAGGUAGGACUACUGAUGUGGGAUCAGGUGUCUCUGGGCUGAAUGUAUAUUGUUUUUCCAUGACCUCAUUCAACAAUAUUAUUACCUCCGGAAUGUCACCAGAGGCCGCGGUCAGUGGAUGUUUUUCUUACACCAAUUCACCUGGGGCAAAGUUCAUGCAGUACGGCUGAAUUCAUAUUACGGAGUGAGGGAACAAAUAGCAGUGUUAAAGCAAUAGUAGAAUUGUUCAUUUUAUUUUAAUCUAAAUUGCUUCCUUGUUUCAACGGCAAAGAAACAGACGAGAGAAAUUUCCUUUUGCACAAAUAUGUGUAUUUGUAUUUGAAAAUGUGACGUUUCAAAACUACAGAUUUAUUUUAGUUCCACUGAUGUUUUGAUGUUUGACCUGUAAAUACUGUACAGUUGCGUAGAAAAGUGGAGCUCAAAUGCUUCCAUCCAUGUUCAUGUGGGGUUGAUAAUUUAGUUUGUGGGUGGGCUAACAUACUAUGUAUAUUCAGUCCAGUCAAUAAAUGUUUAUAUUGACUCACUGCUUCAUUAGCUAGAAAAAUUGUUUUACCAUUCAUGUGUGAACUCAAAAUUUCUGAUACAUAUUUUCACACCGAUAAUUUUGUCAACAGUUUAUCACAGAUGUAAAAAGAGAAAUGGACCCAAUUUACUUGCACAAUUCAUAUGCGAAUGUUUUUUUCUUUUUCCUCAUUAUUUAAAGUGUAAAAACUUGCAUCACCCGAGAAAUAAAUUUCAGAAAUCUCCUCAGAA